AUGGAUAUGGGUAAAGCUAAAAUGCUUAUAGAUGGAAAAAAUUUCCGCGUGAUUCAAUGUAAUUGUUGGUCCUCUGAUGAAAGAAUACAAGAAUGUGAUGUCUCCGGCAUCGAUGUUCAGGUUUUAUCAACAGUUCCAGUAAUGUUUGCAUAUUCCGCUAAACCACAACAUACCUUAGAAUUAGCAAGAUACCUUAAUGAUCAUAUUGCUCAAGUUUGUGAUAAAAAUCCUAAAAGAUUUAUUGGACUUGCAACACUUCCCAUGCAAUCACCUGAUUUAGCAAUUCAAGAAUUAAAAAGAUGUAUAAAUGAACUUGGAUUAUUCGGUGUACAAAUAGGAAGUCAUAUAAAUGAUUGGAAUUUGGACGCUCCCGAAUUAAAUCCUUUUUGGAAAGCUUGUGAAGAACUUAAUGUUGCGGUGUUUGUUCAUCCUUGGGGAAUGCAAACUAAUGGAAGAAUGGAAAAAUAUUGGUAUCCUUGGUUAAUUGGAAUGCCAUGUGAAACUACCGUUGCAAUGUGUUCAGUAAUUUUUGGAGGAGUCUUAGAACGUCAUCCGAAACUCAAGAUAUCAUUUGCUCAUGGUGGAGGUUCAUUUCCCGGAACAUUAGGAAGAAUUGUUCAUGGAUUUAAUGUUCGACCUGAUUUAUUUCAUGACGAAGAUACUUUACAAUUCAUUAUUAAAAAAUUUGGUAUAGAUAAAGUUAUGUUAGGUAGUGAUUAUCCAUUUCCUUUGGGUGAACAUCAUCCAGGUCAAAUGAUUGAACAAUCUGAAUGGUUAAGUGAUGAAGAUAAAGAAAAAUUAUUAACAGAAUAUAAAAAAGCUCAAGAGGAAUGGGUCACAGGACACACUGGUGGCUCUAUGCUAGAAAUCAAUUCUGUAGUUGGUGUUAUUUUGACAUCAUAUAUGUUAUGGGCAGCAACCAUCAAAUAUUCAAACAUGUUUAAUAAAAAUGGAAAAAUUAUAAAUUUAGUUCUUGAAUUUAUAAUACUUAUAUUACCAAAUAUUCUUGCUUGCACUUUAUUAUCCAAUCAUACAUUUUUAUUAAAUCUAUUCUUAAUAUCGAUUUCCACUGGUUUAAUAUAUACAUCAUCAUCAUCUAAUUCACCUAAUUCACCUGUGGACAAAAAAAAGAAAAGAAGAAAAUGGGAUAAAGAUUCAGAUGAUGAUGCGAAUCUUGAAGAAUUACUUAUUAAAGAAAAAUUAGAUAAUGUUGAUGAAAAAGAAAAUUAUUCUAAACUUAAUCGAAAACCUUUUUUAAGCGCAUACAGAUCAAGUAUGAUCAUUUUAACUUGUAUUGCCAUUUUGGCGGUGGAUUUUCCGGUUUUUCCUAGAAGAUUUGCUAAAGUUGAAACUUUUGGAACUUCUUUGGUAAAAUUUCUUUAUAUUUCUUUUUUCAGAUCAUUUGUAUUUUCUUCUGGAAUUGUAUCCGCCAGACCAUUUUUAAAAAGACCGGAAAAUAGAUUUAAACCAUUUAAAGGACAAUUAUUUCAAUCAGUUAAACAAUCUUUACCUAUUUUAUUAUUGGGAUUUAUAAGAUUAAUUAUGGUCAAAGCGGAAUAUGGUAAACAUUGGAAUUUCUUUUUUACACUUGGACUUUUACCAAUUUUUGUGACCAUCUGUAGAGCAAUUCAAAAAUACGUUCGGUUUUCUAUUGUUGGAUUAGGAAUUGCAAUUUUAUAUCAAAUCGCACUUUCUUUCUAUGGAUUACAAGAUUAUAUACAUGAUUCCCCUCGUACCACAAAUUUAAUUAGUGCCAAUAAAGAAGGAAUUUUUAGUUUUUGGGGAUACCUUACAAUAUUUUUAUUUGCCUUAGAUAUCGGACAUUACAUAUUACCCUUAGAUCCAUAUUACACGAUUCGAAGUGCGUUAGAAUUGGGAUUCUUUUCUAAUUAUUGGAAAAAGAAAAAUGUGAAAGAAGAAGAUGAAAAAAGAGUGGUACCGAUUAUUAUGGAUGCUAUUAAUUUUAAUGGAUUGGCAACUUUACUUUGGAGUAAAGGUUUAAGAUUUAAAUUAUAA